AUGUAUGUGAAAUGGUUUGAUACAGUAAUGUUUUACUAUGUGAUUUUAGUGAAUUUAGUGAAUGUCACUUUUUGUCAUUUUCAAAUUUCCCCGCCGUUCCGUCCCCAUACGUCCUAACGCUUGCAGAGGACGGAACCCAGAAGACAGAUGCCGGCAUCUGCCGGAGGACAUUGCCGGGGACACUGCAGGAGGGACAUCGCGGGAGCGCAGGACAAGGUAAGAGAAGAACAGAUCCUGGAGCAGCGCCACAUGGUAAGCCCGAGUGUAGCUCGGGGUUACCGCUUGUGCUACACUCGGGAAUACCGCCAGGGAGGCUAC